GUGGCUAUAGAAUUCUCUUUGGCAGAGUGGAAAUGCCUGACCCCUGCGCAGAGGGCUUUAUACAGGGAAGUGAUGUUGGAGAACUACAGGAACCUGGAAUCUGUAGAUAGCUUUUUAAAAUCCAUGAUGAAGUUCUCACCAGCAGGGCAAGGGAGUACAAGAGAAGGGACAUUGGAAAAAUACACAAGUCAUCACAUUGUAGAUUUUUGCUUCCCAGAAGUUCAGAAAGAUGUUCAUGAGUUUGAGUUUCAGUGGCAAGAAGUCAAAGGAAAUGGCCAUGAAGCACUCAUGACAGAACCCAAGGAGUUAUCUGGUAGUACACGGCAAUGUGAGGAAAGGCAUGCUGGCAAGAAGCCUGUUGGAGAUCAGCUUGUAUUAAGCUUUCGUUCACAUCUGCCUGAACUGCACAUAUUUCAGACCGAAGGAAACAUUGAUAAUCAAGUAGAGAAGUCUGUCCAUGAUGAUUCCUCAGUUUCCACAGCCCAAAGAAUUUCUUUUAGGCUCAAAACCCAUGUUUAUGAUAAGCAUGAGAAUAAUGUCCUCCAUUCUUCAUUAUGCACACAAAACCAGGAAGUACACAUGAGAGAAAAACCUUUCCAUUGUAGUGAGUGUGGCAAAGCCUUUCAUAAGAAGCACUACCUUGUAUGCCACCAUAGAGUUCAUACUGGAGAGAAAUCUUGCAAGUAUAAUGAGUGUGGUAAGACCUUCAGUGAAAAGUCAUCCCUUAAAUGCCGUCAUAGACUUCAUACUGGAGAGAAAUCUUACAAAUGUGAGAUUUGUGACAAGGUUUUCCAGAAUACUUCAUGCCUUGCAAAACAUCACAGAGUUCAUACUGGGGAGAAACCUUACAAGUGUAAUGAGUGUGGCAAGACCAGUCAGAAGUCAUCCCUGAAAUGCCACCAUAGAAUUUAUACUGGAGAGAAACCUUAUACAUGUCAUGAAUGUGGCAAGGUUUUUAAUCAAAAAGAACUCCUUUCAUGUCACCAUAGACUUCAUACUGGAGAGAAACCUUACAAGUGUAAUGAGUGUGGCAAGACCUUCAGUCAGGUGUCAUCCCUGCAAUGCCAUCAUAGAAUUCAUACUGGAGAGAAACCUUACACAUGUAAUGAAUGUGGCAAGCUUUUUAAUAGAAAAUCACACCUUUCACGUCAUCGUAGACUUCAUACUGGAGAGAAACCUUACAAGUGUAAUGAGUGUGGUAAGACUUUCAGUCGAAAGUCAUCCCUGAAAUGCCAUGAUAGAGUUCAUACUGGAGAGAAACUUUAUGAGUGUAAUAAGUGUGGUAAGUCCUUCACUCAGAAGUCAAACCUUCAGUUCCGUCAUAGAUCUCAUACUGGAGAGAGACCUUACAAAUGCAAAGUUUGUGAGAAGGUUUUCCAGAGUCAUUCGUACCUUCAAGAACAUCAGAGAGUUCAUACUGGGGAGAAACCUUACAAGUGUAAUGAGUGUGGCAAGACCUUUCGUCAGAGGUCAUCCCUGAAAUACCAUCAUAGAAUUCAUACUGGAGAGCAACCUUACACAUGUAAUGAAUGUGGCAAGGUUUUUAAUAAACAAUCACACCUUUCACGUCAUCAUAUACUUCAUACUGGAGAGAAACCUUACAAGUGUAAUGAAUGUGGCAAGAGCUUCAGUCAAAAGUCAUCGCUUAAGUGCCAUCACAGACUUCAUACUGGACAGAAACCUUACAAAUGCAAGGUUUGUGAAAAGGUUUUCCGGAGUGCUUCAUGUCUUAAAAAACAUCAAAGAAUUCAUACUGGAGAGAAACCUCACAAGUGUAAUGAGUGUGGCAAGACUUUCAGGCAGAAGUCAUCCCUGAAAUGCCAUCAUAGAAUUCAUACUGGAGAAAAGCCCUACACAUGUAAUGAAUGUGGCAAGGUUUUUAAUAAACAAACACACCUUUCACGUCAUCAUAGACUUCAUACUGGAGAGAAACCUUACAAAUGUGAAGAAUGCGACAAAGUUUUCAGUCGCAGGUCAAACCUUGAACGACAUAAAAUAAUUCAUGCUGGAGAAAAACCGUAG